CCUCUCAGAUCUCUCUUCCUUCUUUCCAUCUCAACCUCUACCAAGAAGGUAAUUUCCAUCUAUUCCAACAAUCUGCUUCAUUUUCUUCUCUUGCUCUCCUCUCUGAUUUGCUUUUCUGGAAGACAAGCUGCUGAGAACAAAUAAACAAUGGUGAAGAUUUGCUGCAUUGGAGCUGGCUACGUUGGUGGCCCAACCAUGGCUGUGAUUGCAUUGAAAUGUCCUGAGAUCGAGGUAGCUGUGGUGGAUAUUGCUUCGCCGCGAAUCAAUGCCUGGAACAGUGAUCACCUCCCGAUCUAUGAGCCUGGCCUUGAUGAUGUGGUGAAGGAGUGCAGGGGAAGGAAUCUUUUCUUCAGCACUGAUGUGGAGAAACAUGUUGCUGAGGCUGACAUAGUUUUUGUCUCGGUGAACACCCCUACAAAAACUCAGGGGCUUGGAGCUGGCAAAGCAGCUGAUCUGACUUAUUGGGAGAGUGCUGCCAGGAUGAUUGCUGAUGUAUCGAAAUCUGACAAGAUCGUGGUUGAGAAAUCAACUGUGCCUGUUAAAACAGCUGAGGCAAUUGAGAGGAUUCUGACUCACAAUAGGAAAGGCAUCAAUUUCACAAUUCUGUCUAACCCAGAAUUUCUUGCUGAGGGAACAGCUAUUGCAGACCUUUUUGAUCCUGAUCGAGUCCUUAUUGGAGGCAGGGAGACCCCAGAAGGUCAAAAGGCUAUUCAUACUCUGAGAGAUGUUUAUGCCCAUUGGGUCCCUAUAGAAAGAAUCCUUUGCACCAAUUUGUGGUCUGCUGAACUCUCAAAGCUUGCCGCCAAUGCUUUUCUGGCUCAGAGGAUCUCCUCUGUGAAUGCCAUGUCAGCACUCUGUGAGGCAACUGGUGCUGAUGUCUCCCAGGUAUCCCACUCAAUUGGCACUGACUCAAGAAUUGGACCCAAGUUCUUGAAUGCCAGUGUUGGUUUUGGUGGCUCUUGCUUUCAGAAGGACAUACUGAACUUGGUCUAUAUCUGUGAGUGCAAUGGCCUUCCAGAGGUAGCUAAUUACUGGAAACAGGUCAUUAAGGUGAAUGACUACCAGAAAAAUCGGUUUGUGAACCGAGUGGUUUCUUCAAUGUUCAACACAGUCUCAGGGAAGAAAAUUGCUGUUUUGGGUUUUGCUUUCAAGAAGGACACUGGUGACACUAGGGAGACCCCAGCCAUUGAUGUGUGCAAGGGGCUGGUGGGAGACAAGGCUAGGUUGAGCAUAUAUGAUCCUCAGGUUUCUGAAGAUCAAAUCUUAAGGGAUCUAUCAAUGAAGAAGUUUGAUUGGGAUCAUCCUGCUCAUCUUCAACCAUCAAGCCCUACUUCCAACAAGCAAGUAUCUGUGGUUUGGGAUGCCUAUGAGGCAAUAAAGGAUGCACAUGGUAUUUGUAUUCUGACUGAAUGGGACGAGUUCAAGAAGCUUGAUUACCAAAAAGUUUAUGAAAGCAUGCAGAAGCCUGCAUUUGUAUUUGAUGGCCGAAAUGUUGUGGAUGUUAACAAGCUGAGGGAAAUUGGUUUUAUAGUUUAUUCCAUUGGCAAACCACUAGAUUCAUGGCUCAAGGACAUGCCUGCAGUGGCUUAAAGGUAAAAGCACAAUCUGUAGCUGCUGCCUAAGGAUGAAUUUGUUGGUCUUUCAGAGAGAAUUCCCUAUCCUCUUUUAUUAUCAUGCUCUAUUCUUAAUAGUUUAGAUUUCUGUUGCUGUUGUCUCUUUUAUGUUACUUUUAUUUGAUCAGGUAUUAUGGCAAGUUAGAGCCUAAUGCCUCGAUAUUGUCUUUAGCUAGCUAAAAAUCCUUAUUUGUUGACCUGUUUUAAUGUAAUAAAUGAGUACUACUACUGAAGGAAAUUUUAUACAAUAGAUAUCAUUUCUUUUAUUAU